CACAUCCACAUCCAUCAGUUUGAGAAGAUCGAGCAGUUUGUGUACUCCUCCCCCCACGACAACAAGUCCUGGGAGAUGUUUGAGGAGAUGAUGGCCACGGCUGAGGAAUUCUACCAAUCCCUGGGAAUUCCCUACCACGUCGUCAACAUUGUCUCGGGCUCCCUGAACCAUGCAGCCAGCAAGAAGCUGGACCUGGAGGCCUGGUUCCCUGGCUCCGGCGCCUUCCGCGAGCUCGUGUCCUGCUCCAACUGCCCCGACUACCAGGCUCGGCGCCUGCGCAUCCGCUACGGCCAGACCAAGAAGAUGAUGGACAAAGUGGAGUUUGUGCACAUGCUGAACGCCACCAUGUGUGCCACCACCCGCACCAUCUGCGCCAUCCUGGAGAACCACCAGACCCCCGAGGGCAUCCUCAUCCCCGAGAAGCUCAGGGAUUUCAUGCCCCCAG